AUGCCCAUGCCAACUGUCACUGAGACAACCAUCGCAAAGACAACCAUCAGCAAGAUAACCAUCCGCACACCCACGAACACCGUGACAACCACCCCCACACCAACCGUCGCUGUGUCAACAGUCCCCACGCCAACCAUUGCUGAGACACCCAUCCUGGAAACACCCGUCCCCGCUGCAACCAUCCCGCAGACACCCAUCGCUGAAACAACGGUCCCCAUGCCAUCAGUCCACACGCCAACCGCCGCCAAGAUAACGGUCACCACGCCAACCAUCUCCGAGACAACGACAACGGUCCCCACACCAACCGCCGCCAAGAAAACGGUCCCUACGCCAACGGUUGCCACGCCAACCGUCGCCGAGACAACGGUCCCCAUGCCAACCGUCACCAAGACAACGGUCCCCACACCAACCUUCACCGAGACAACCGUCGCCGAGACAACGGUCCAGACCCCAUUCAUCCCUGAAACAACCGUCUCCAAACCAACCUUCGCCAACACAACCAUCGCCGAGACAACCAUCCCCAUGCCUACCAUCGCCGAGACACCCAUCACAGAGACAUCCAUCCUGGAAACACCCGUCCCCGAUAAAGCCAUCCCGGAGCCACACAACGCUGAAACAAUGGUCCCCACGCCAUCCGUCCACACGCCAACUGGACCCGAGACAACCCUCCUGACUCCAACCACCCCCACGCCAACCGCCGCUGUGUCAACCGUCCCCACACCAACCGUCGCCGCGACACCCAUUCUGGAAACACCCGUCCUUGCUGCAACCAUCCCGCAGACACCCAUCACUGAAACAACGGUCCCCACGCCAUCCGUCCACAUGCCAACCGCCGCCAAGACAACGACAACCGUCGCCGAGACAACGGUCCAGACCCCAUUCGUCCCUGAGACAACCGUCUCCAAACCAACCAUCGCCAACACAACCAUCACCAAGACAACCAUCCCGACUCCAACCACCCCCAUGCCAACCGGCGCCAAGACAACGGUCCCCACGCCAACCCUUCCCACACCAACCGCCGCCACGCCAACCUUCGACAACACAACCAUCCCCACGCCAACUAUCACCGAGACAACCAUCCCGCCAACCGUCACUGAAAAAACCAUCACCAAGACAACCAUCGCCAUGCCAACCGUCACUGUGACAACCGUCAACUACACGCCAACUAUAACCACGCAAACAGUCGCUGAGACAACCGUCCCCACGCCAACUGUCACUGAGACAACCAUUGUUAAGACAACGAUCCCCACGCCCACCAUUGCCUAG